CUGCUCUUUUUUAUUAUCGUUGUUUUCCUUUUGCAAAUCCGUAUUUCUUUUUGUUGUUCAUUUACAUUCAUUUUUAUCUCUCAAAUUCACAAAAUAAAAAAUGCUUGCUCGUUUCGCCUUGACACAACGGAAAUGUAUCUCUCGGGGGUUUGCAUUCACGGCAAUUCAGCGUACAGCAGAAGCAGCAGCAACAACAACAAGCAGCACUGCGAGUGAGGUCACACAGCAGGUCAAGCAAAAGACAGUCACCUCGUCUGCUGCCCAAGGCACUGUACUCAAGGGUCUGAAUAUUUAUAAGGAGGGAAAGGACCCAGUUGCGCUCAAGGACGAAGAGUACCCCGGGUGGCUGUGGACUCUGCUUGAUGUUGUCCCGGAGGAGGUCAAGGAGGAGCGUGUGAGACAGCGCUUGCAGAGAUCGCGGGAGAUCAAGGAGGCAAACUUUAUGAAGAGCAAGAAGAAGUAAAGAAAAAUUAAAAUUAAAACGACGACGACGAUGAGAACGGUUUGGAAAUUAGAGCAUGCUUGGUCUUUGGGCAAAUUAUAUUUGCACUUUCAUUCGGGCAUUGCCUUUUCGAUAAUAUCAAAAAGAAAAUACACUACAAUUGACGCCAAUAUCCACCCAAAAGCGUGUAAAAAAACGAAACAUGCU